AUGUCUUCAAGAGCCCCUGCGAAGCAAGGGAGAUCAGCAAUGAAGCCUCACCGAAAGAUGCAAGGACACACCAAAACUGUCACUGGUGUCGUACGCCUGCCUGGUCAACGGCGGAUCAUCACCUGUUCAUGGGAUGGCUCACUUAGAGUGUGGGAUUUGGAAAGUGGAAUGCAGGUUGGGGAACCCUGGAAGGAUGAAGGAAGUGGACCAGUGCUCUGCAUGGCACUAUCACCGGACGGCAAGACAAUAGCAUGCGGGACCCUGAGUCACGAUGGCAUCAUGACAAUGGGAUUAAUAUGGUGGGAUACCAAAACGGGCAAGGUUAUCAAAAAAUGGACGGGACACACAGAUGAUCCAAACUGUGUGAAGUGUAUCUGCUGGAGUCCAGACGGAGGGCAAGUCGUGAUCGGAGGCUGGGAUAACUUCAGUUUCAGAGUAUGGGAUGUCAAGAGCGGCCACAUCAUCCUGGCACCAAUCGAUUCAGAGGAAGGCUGGGAUCACCGCACGGAUGCGAUCAGCUAUUCGCCCGAUGGUACAAUGAUUGUGACGGGCACGGCCGACCUACUGAAAAUCUCGCCCGAGGAUCGUACAUUAACGAUUAUGACGGGCUUGGGCGAACGACUGAAAAUCUGGGACGCCAACACAGGCGAACUACUCAAAACAAUCAAGGGACGCACUGCGUUCCUGGCAUGGUCAUUGGACGGAAAGACCCUGUUCGCCGGGUCAUAUGGAUCAAUCAGGAAAUUCGACACCGCCACUUGGACAGAAACUGUGGUUGUUGACCGACAAUAUAUUGGGGCCAUCUCACUAUCUCCGAAUGAGCGCAUCCUCGCAUGUACACAUUUGACCGAGAAGACAGUGCAACUAUGGAACCUAGAAACUAAUCAACCCAUUGGACUACCCCUUCACCUCGAAUACAUAGUGCACUAUGCGGCCUUUUCUGCAGAUGGAAAGUUUCUCGCUACUGGCGGCCCAGCUAAGAAUGUAUACAUAUGGGAUGUUUCUGCCAUCGUCAAAGAGGCUGGCCUAGACCACCUUUUGUCGGGCAAUGUCAACACUAUCAAGAAGCUGUUUAAGGUUGAUGUUACACGACCACAGGCCCGGCAAAGACCAGCCCCGCGAAUCGAAGGUACUCGUCGACCACCCCCAGGGUUCUUUGAUGAUCCCUCUACCUCGCGUGGGCGACGCACCACAGCACAGCCUCAGCGCACUCUUCUCAAUCACUUACCUUCCUUCUGGCGCCGCUACUCCAAUCCACGCGGAGACACUGAGCGCGAUAUCCGGUUGCGAAACAUACCAGUGGUCGACGUCCCAUGCGCACCGGGCAAGCCUAGAAUCUAUCACACGAGAGGGCAGAGCUCUUCUCGACCACCCAAUCCACAAUACUUACAUCGGAACGCCUCAAAGCCCACCAUCAUUGUCGCAGCCACAACCUACCGCAGAUAUGAUAUCCACGACUGGCAUCGCGGGCGCAGCGUGUACAACUUCGCCUCCUCAUCUCACCAUCACAGUUACUGGAUGGCGCGCUCAUUUGAUGUCCUGGUAGCUUCAGCACAACUUGGCCAGCCAGAAGUUGACCUUGGCCCCAUCCCUGGUGGCGGGGGACUCAAUUCUGCCGUGCCCUAUGUCUUUCAUGUUGCAGCUACUGAUGCGGCAUGUACAGAGGAUAUCCACAAGCCGUAG